AUGGUGCAGAAGCAUAAUUCAGCUAUUUUGGUGGUAAUGGAAACUCGUGUUAGGGGUAACAGAGCAAGGGAAAUCACUGAAAGGCUCCCUUUUGAUGGAGCUAUUCGCUCUGAUGUAGUUGGGUUUGCUGGUGGAAUAUGGGUGCUAUGGAAUUUUGAUAGAGUUGACGUUGCCCAUUUGGCCAGUACUAAACAAGAAAUUCACUUUACGGUUAAGGUACGAAUUUCAAAUAUUAUUUGGCUUUUCUCUACUGUGUAUGCUAGUCCUAGGUGCGCUGAAAGACACAUUUUGUGGAAUAACCUUAUGAAAGUAGCAGACCUUCACAAUAUGCCUUGGGUUAUAGCAGGGGAUUUUAAUAAACCUUUGGUUAAUGAUGAUAAAUUUGGUGGUAGAGUGGUUAGUGUGAACAUCUCUGUUUUGUUUAAGGAGCGUUUAGAUAAAUGUAAUAUGAUAGACAUUGGCUUUGCGAGUCUUCAUUACACUUGGACCAAUAGAAGGGAAAUUCAAGCGUUGAUACAAGAGAGAAUAGACAGGUUCUUUAUGAACCCUCAGUGGUGUUUGCUUUACUCGGAUGCUAAAGUUACCCAUCUUCCUAGGUACCAUUUCGAUCACUGCCCUGUUCUUUUAGAGAUGCAACCAGGUGUAAGUAGGGGGAAGAAGAGGCCGUUUAGGUUCCAAACGUGCUGGUUGCUUGACCUUACCUUCCCUGGUAUUGUUUCUCAAGCUUGGGGAGGUGCAAAUAAUCUUGUAGAGGCCAUUGAUAGCUUCAUAGGAAUGUUGUGGAUUGGAAUAAAAACCAGUUCGGGAAUAUUUUUACAAGGAAGAAAAUUUUGA